CAUUGAGUUUAAAAUGAAAUUGCUGCUAGCUUGUCUGAUUUUUGCCAUUCACGGAUCUUUUGCACAAAAUUUGAUAGAUCCGGAGUGCAUGAAAUUCCUUCCUCAUGGUAGUUCUUCAAAAAUAUACGGAGGUACAAGUACUGAUUUAUUGAGAAAUCCAUGGAUGGUGCAGAUACUUCAAAUUGGCUAUCACAUGUGUGGUGGCUCGCUGAUAACCUCUCAAUUUGUGUUGACAGCAGCUCAUUGCAAAAGCAAUUACCCCAUGAAGGUGCGUUUAGGAGGGUGUAAGGGGGGCAAACCUAAAUAUGAAUGCACAAGCGAAUACUGUAAUUUAAUAAGUACCGAAAUCGACGUGGCAAUGAUGUUUUCGCACCCCCAAUACAAUGAAUACCACGAAUAUGACAUCGCACUGAUUUUAAUGGCUGAAUCAGUGCUGUAUAAUGCUCAAAUAAGACCGAUUUGUUUGAUGAAGGGCACCGACAUCGAUAGCCAAUGGCGGUUUUUGAAGUAUGUUGAAACGUUUAAUGUAACUGGCUGGGGAAAAACGGAAUGGGGGGAGAACAGCAACGAACUUCAAUUAGCCAACUUAUACCAACUCGACAAGGAUCACUGCUCGCAACUCUUUCGGAGGAAUAUCGAUAUGCCCCAUAUAUGUGCUGGCCAGUCGAAGGCUUCAACUUGCAUCGGCGAUUCUGGAGGUCCGUUGAGCGCAGUGAUGACAUUUUCCGACAUGGCUCGUCCCUUUUUAUUCGGCUUAACCAGUUAUGGGGCUCCAGGAUGUCGUGCUGCCACCGUUUUUACCAAUGUUCUAUCAUAUUCCGAUUGGAUAGAAUAUAUUGUUGAAAAUCACACUCCAAGAACCGCUCUGCUACGAGUGUAGACUAAUACAUGUCCUUUGAAAUUUCUUGUGUGCAAAUAAUUAAAGCUCAAUUGCGUGAAUA